AUGCGGCGUCUGACUCGCCGCCUGGUGCUGCCGAUCUUCGGGGUUCUCUGGAUCACCGUGCUGCUGUUCUUCUGGGUAACCAAGAAGAAGUUGGAGGUGCCGGCGGGACCUGAAGUGCAGACCCCCAAGAUUUCGGAUGCUGACUGGGAUGACCUAUGGGACCAGUUUGAUGAGCGGCGGUAUCUGAAUGCCAAGAAGUGGCGCGUUGGUGAUGACCCCUAUAAGCUGUACGCUUUCAACCAGCGGGAGAGCGAGCGGAUUGCCAGCAGCCGGGUGGUCCCAGACACUCGCCUUUUCAGAUGCACCCUGCUGGGGUACUGCACGGACCUCCCUCCCACCAGCAUCAUCAUCACCUUCCACAACGAGGCCCGCUCCACCCUGCUCAGAACCAUCCGCAGCAUAUUAAACCGCACCCCCAUGAGUCUCCUCCAGGAAAUCAUAUUAGUCGAUGACUUCAGCAAUGACCCCGAGGACUGCAGACAGCUCAUCAAGCUACCCAAGGUGAAAUGCUUACGCAAUAACGAGCGGCAAGGUCUGGUGCGGUCCCGGAUCCGGGGUGCUGAUGUUGCCCAGGGCACCACCCUGACUUUUCUAGACAGCCACUGUGAGGUGAACAGGGACUGGCUCCAGCCCCUGCUGCACAGGGUCAAAGAGGACUACACGCGGGUGGUGUGCCCCGUGAUCGAUAUCAUCCACCUGGACACCUUCAACUACAUCGAGUCGGCCACGGAACUUAGAGGGGGGUUUGACUGGAGCCUCCACUUCCAAUGGGAGCAGCUCACACCAGAGCAGAAGGCUCAGCGCCUGGACCCCACUGAGCCCAUUAGGACUCCAAUCAUAGCUGGAGGGCUCUUCGUGAUGGACAAAUCCUGGUUCGACUACCUGGGGAAAUAUGACAUGGACAUGGACAUCUGGGGUGGGGAGAACUUCGAAAUCUCCUUCAGGGUGUGGAUGUGCGGGGGCAGCCUAGAGAUCGUCCCCUGCAGCCGCGUGGGCCACGUCUUCCGGAAGAAGCACCCGUAUGUUUUCCCCGAUGGAAAUGCCAACACGUAUAUAAAGAACACCAAGCGGACAGCUGAAGUGUGGAUGGAUGAAUACAAGCAGUACUACUAUGCUUCCCGGCCAUUCGCCCUGGAGAGACCCUUUGGAAACAUUGAGAGCAGAUUGAACCUGAGGAAGACCCUGCAGUGCCAGAGCUUCAAGUGGUACCUGGAGAACGUCUAUCCAGAACUCAGAGUACCCAAGGACUCCUCCAUCCAAAAGGGCAGCAUCCGACAGAGGCAGAAGUGCCUAGAGUCUCAAAAGCAGAAAGACCAAGAGAUCUCCAACCUCAAGUUAAGCCCCUGUGUCAAGAUGGAAGACAAGGAUGCAAAGUCCCAGAUCUGGGCCUUCACAUACACCCAGCAGAUCCUCCAGGAGGAGCUGUGCCUGUCAGUCAUCACCUUGUUCCCUGGCGCCCCAGUGGUUCUUGUCCUUUGCAAGAAUGGAGAUGACAAACAGCAAUGGACCAAGACUGGCUCCCGCAUCGAGCACGUGGCAUCCCACCUCUGCCUAGACACGGACAUGUUUGGCGAUGGCACUGAGAAUGGCAGGGAGCUCGUUGUCAACCCGUGUGAGUCCUCACUUAUGAGCCAGCGCUGGGACCUGGUGAGCUCUUGA